ACAGGUCGGACCGGUGGUGAACAGCGCAGCUGUAGCAAAAUCUGUUCGGUUUGUUGCCUUUUUACCGGCAGUGGCGAGAUUCAGCCAAACAGACGACAGGCAAGGAGAGAGAGAGGAGUUAAAUGGAAGAAAAUUAAUUUUCUUAAACUAUACAUUUGGAAUUUCCGUGUCUUAAAAACCAGAACAGGAGAAGGUGUUCUUCCGUGAGAGGUAGAGCUGCUUUGUUAGCCUGUCUGUCUCAGUCCAAUCAUAGUUUCCAGACCAACCGCUCCACCAGGUCUAUCAGACCGCUGGGAAUGACUGCGCCUUCACAACCUCACCAGGAGUGGGCGCUGGAGGAUAACGCCCACAUCAACCACACAGCCGGGAGCAUCUUCCUACCUUUAGCUAGGAUAGUUUACUUUGUUUGUGUUAGCCUGCGAGUCCAGUCCUGGGUUGAGAGAGAGCUUUGUUGCUGGUGAUUGGAGAAGAGGGAGAGCUUUCCAAACCCAGACCACCAGGAGAGGAGAGACGGUGAAGACGGCUGCCCGAUCCGGAUCAGUUCGCCAGAUCUUUACUCUCACUAUUGCUGGCUUAAUUAGUAGUUAAUUAAUCAGCUCAACCGUUUGAAGUCCAUAGGCUAAAUAUAAAUGAUAUGCAGACACACUUUCAGGACUACCUCCUGCUCAGUGUGAGGUGCUCUGUUCCCCUCCACGCCCCCUGCCGGUCUGGUGGAUGUUUUGGCGGCUCUGAGGACUGCAUGGCAGUGGAGUGAUCGUGGAGAGGCCAGGGUACCACAAACUUAUGGACUUUGACAAGAGAGGAGGAGGAGGAGGAAAGGGGGAGGCAGAGGAAGGGAAGAGGAUGUCAAAGUCCGGAGGGAGCCGUUCGGGGCAUGGUAGUCGCAGCUCGGGGAGCAGCUCCGGGGUGCUCAUGGUGGGCCCUAACUUCCGGGUCGGGAAGAAGAUCGGCUGUGGGAACUUUGGAGAGCUACGCCUGGGGAAGAACCUGUACACUAAUGAAUAUGUGGCCAUCAAACUGGAGCCCAUCAAGUCCCGGGCCCCACAGCUCCACCUGGAGUACAGGUUCUAUAAACAGCUGGGGAGUUCAGAGGGCGUCCCCCAGGUGUUCUACUUCGGGCCCUGUGGGAAGUAUAAUGCCAUGGUUCUGGAGCUGCUGGGACCCAGUCUGGAAGACCUGUUUGAUCUGUGUGACAGAACCUUCUCCCUCAAGACCGUCCUCAUGAUCGCCAUUCAGCUGAUCACGCGGAUGGAAUUCGUCCACACCAGGAGUCUAAUCUACCGGGACGUGAAGCCAGAGAACUUCCUGGUUGGCCGGCCCGGCAGCAAGCGGCAGCACACCAUCCACAUCAUCGACUUCGGCCUGGCCAAAGAGUACAUCGACCCCGAGACCAAGAAACACAUCCCUUACAGGGAGCACAAGAGCCUGACUGGCACGGCACGUUACAUGAGCGUCAAUACUCACCUGGGUAAAGAACAAAGCAGGAGAGAUGACCUGGAAGCUCUAGGUCACAUGUUCAUGUACUUCCUUCGAGGCAGUCUGCCCUGGCAAGGCCUGAAGGCAGACACUCUGAAGGAGCGCUAUCAGAAGAUAGGUGACACCAAGAGAACCACGCCCAUCGAGGUGCUGUGUGAGAGCUUCCCAGAGAUGGCCACUUACCUGCGUUAUGUGGGUUCUCUGGACUUCUUGGAGAAGCCGGACUACGACUACUUACGGAAACUCUUCACCGACCUCUUCGAUAGCAACGGCUACAUCUUUGACUAUGAGUACGACUGGGUCGGCAAGCCACUGCCUACUCCCAUUGGUCCAGUCCCCAGUGAGACCCUUCUACAGUCCAGCAGCAGAGACAAGGCAACGCAGCAGACCAAAAACCAGUCGCCAGAACCCAAAGGAAGUGAUUCCCAGCCCACUCCAGUGACCAAUAGGGAGCUGCUGGGGUCCCAUCUAACAGCUGAUAGGCUGGGGGGCUCCGUCCAGGUGAUGAGUUCGACCAAUGGGGAGCUGAAUACAGACGAUCCGACUGCGGGCCACUCCAACGCCCCCAUCACCGCCCCGGCCGAGGUGGAGGUGGCCGACGACACAAAGUGCUGCUGUUUCUUUAAGAGGAGGACGGGGCAAGGCCUCCAGAGACACUAGUGAAGAAGAAGAGGAGAGGCCUCCAGAGACACUAGUGAAGAAGAGGAGAGGCCUCCAGAGACACUAGUGAAGAAGAAGAGGAGAGGCCUCCAGAGACACUAGUGAAGAAGAGGAGAGGCCUCCAGAGACACUAGUGAAGAAGA